CAACCAUUGACUAUGUCAAUAUCUGUAUUCACUUCUUCUCUGGGAUGGGAUCGACCCUCCAAGAAAACUUACAAAGCAUAAGAAUUUCUUUCCUUUUUGUGUUGAGAAGAAAAAAGCAACCCCCCAGCAAAAUGUAUGUGACAAAGCCUCUGUCUCUGUAUAGAAGGUCUCCUCAGUCACUGUCGUUGCCACCACCGGAAGGGCCAAAUUCUGGUUAUCUUGUUCUCCAUGACGACGAAUCGGUGGAGAUAACAUGUUGCGGAUGCGCUGAUGAUCGGGUUAAAGACCUGCCUUUCCCUCAGAACAAGGAUCUAACAGUUGGAUAUGGCUCAGAUGAUGACGAAGUUACAUUCAUCCCAGUGCUUAGUCAGCCCUUAUCUUCCAAUAGAUACCAUGUGAUACUUCGGAGAGGGAAGCAUAAAGGGGAAGCGUGCACAAACUCAAGGGAAGAGGACAUGGAGAUUGUCUGUUGCGGCUGUACCAAUGUUCCAGAUGCUAAACCAAAACCACUGGAACCAUCAGACGUAAAUCAGCAAGUUGAGAUCGUUCCUAGGGAGCGUGACAGGGGUUGCUUUGUUGCCAAGUCUGUUGAUCCAGAUGGGUUUCCUCCUUCCUUCUUGAGAAGAAAAGGGUGGACUGUGACCAUGCACACACCCCGUCAUUACAGAUUGGGUGAAGCCUCAGGACUCAACUCUUCACUACGAGCAAGCCUUCCGGGGUUCAAUUUUCCAUUAUCACAUGACUGCUCUCAAGCUGUGUCUGUUGGUAAGUGGUAUUGUCCUUUCAUGCUUAUCAAGGAAGGAGGGGUGAAGCUGAAGGACCAAAUGAAAAAAUGCAUGUUCUAUGAGAUUAGUCUUGAGCAAAGAUGGGAAAAGAUUUUCGAUAGCAUUAAUGAAAAUGUUGAGGGAAAAAAUAAAGGUGCUGUGUUUGUGGAUGCCUUUGUUCAAAGAGAGGUGGUUUUUGUUGAUGGAAGUGAAGCUAUUUGGGAUGAAAGAAAUGUGAGUGGUGAAGGGUUCAUGUUGUUUAAGAGUUUUGAUGGUGUGGGAGGAGAAAUAAGUGUGGGAUUGAGCAUGAAAAUUGUAGAGAGAAUGAAAUGGGAACAAGAAAGAGUUGGAUGGGUUGGUGGGAAUGAAAGACGAGUUAGAGUGGAGAGAGUAGAAGAGUUUGGGGGGACAGGAGGCAGGUGGAAGAGAUUUGGUUGUUAUGUGUUGGUAGAGAGGUUUGUGUUGAAGAGAAUGUCAAUGAAUGGAAGCUUAGCACUACUCACAUAUGAUUUCAAGCACACACACCAGAUUAGGAGCAAAUGGGAAUGACAGAAACUUAAACUUUGUCGUUGCCAUUCUCAUUAGCGUUCUCAUUCCACUGGCAUCGACCUCUACAUUUUAAUUUGAUUGGAACUUUCAAGGAGCUGCCCACAAGAAGUUGAAGAUCAGCUGUUUAAUCAGAUUAGCAAAGUAAAUUUUCAUUGUAAGGGCAUCCCAAUGGUUGGAACUUGGGGCUCUAAAAGAGAUUGAUAGACCCUCAUUCAGGGCUCCCAUAUUAAGAGUUUGAUAUUUUUUUUAUGAUGUAAUUU